AUGGAGGUAGAAAACAGUGAAAAGUUUAGAAUUCUGGUUGUGGAUGAUGAUAUCAAUUGUCUUCUCACUACUAUUGCAUCACUCAAGAAUUCGAAAUUCGAAGUUAUGACAGUGAAUAACAUAGAAGUUGCUUUGGGUGGCCUUCGGAGCAGUGGCCUCUCAUUUGAUCUUUUGCUCAUAGAUGUCCACAUGCUUAAAAUUGAUGUCUUUCAAUUUCAACAAGAAAUAGCUAAAGAAUUUGACAUUCCUAUUGGCUUUAUGUCAAAUGAUGAGAAAGACAAUACACUUAUGAAAGGACAUGACAAUGGAGCUGCUUUCUUCAUAAUGAAGCCCAUAACACAAGAUAAUAUAAGUUAUUUAUGGGAAUACACAACAUCCUUGCAAAAGAAGAAGCACACAAGCAAACAAGAGUUUGAAGAAAACACUAAUGAGAAAAUCCUCAAUGAGGUAAUUUAUAUUGAAUCUUCGUCUUCGGUCAGUGAGAGGGACAAGUCUACGAGAAAAUAUGACAAGGCUGAAAAUGAAGACGGUUCAUCUCAACCAUCCAAGAAGAGUAGAAUCGUUUGGACGGAUUCCCUUCACAACAAAUUCUUGGAAGCUAUUGCAAUACUUGGCGUGAAAAAAGCUUAUCCGAGAAAAAUUCUUGAACUCAUGGAUAUUCCUGGAUUGAGUAAAAAACACAUUGCCAGUCAUCUUCAGAACUAUCGUAUGAGCUUGAAAAAAGACGCUAGUCCAGAGUUGAUUUUGAAUUCAAGUAAAAUCACAUAUGAAAAUGCCAAUAAAUUGUCUACAAGGAAAGCAACGUCUGACAAUAUUUCAACUUUAGCUCCACAACUUAUGAUAGAAAAUUUCAACUUUGCGGGUCAUGAUACCGAGGCUGAUCUUCGAGACUUCCAGUCUGAUCAUGAGAAAGAUAGAGAGUUUACUAAAAUAUUCAGUCGACAUCUUAAUCAGAAGCCUUGUAAUUUGCAAGGAAAUCAUGAAGGUAUUAAUGCAGAGGAAAUACCGUUACAUCUUGGUAAUGUUCUCCCGAAUUCAGAGUAUGAGCAAGGAAUCUAUGGAGGUGUUACUGCAGAGGAGGCAUUGUUCGAGCAUCUUUAUGUUCCCUCAAAUUCAGAUGGGGUAGGAGAUUAUGGAAGUCUUACUGCAGAGGAAUGUUCAUUCAUCGAUAGUAUUAUCUUGAAUCAUGACCUCGAGCAAGAAAAUUUUGGGGUUGUUACUGCAAAUGAGAGACCAUUUAAUCUCCUUAAUGUUUUCCCGAGUUCGGGACAUGAGCAAGGAAGUUAUGGAGGUGUUACUACAAAGGAUAACUCGUUCCAACUUUGUCAUGAUCUCCCAAAUUUGGAAUCUGAGAGCAAUUGUCGUCGUUAUGAUGCCACUGGCAAGGGUGAAAAAUUGACGAUGAUGAACACAAGAAUAAUGGUGGUCACUGUUGGGGUUUAUUUGCCCUGA